AUGUUCCUGCUGGUCUUCUGGUACAUUGCCGAAAUGAGCGAUCCAAGUCUUGGCAUCCAACCAGAUGGAAAUGCGAACGACACUUUGACAAAAACGUCCCCCUCACCUCAGCAGUUCUCCCAAUCCACCUUCCCCGCGCCCCCAACCUUCCAUCGCUCGUUCUAUCGCCGGCUUCUAUCGGUGCGUUUUUCGUCGGUAUCUUUGGGUCUUUGGCUGCUGCUGGAUUGUGCCUUCGUCGUGUGCUGUGUCGCCUUCGCUGUCGCGUUUUUUUUUUUUGCGGCCCUGCGCUCGGAAGUCGCCGGGGUUUCUCCUUUGCGGUAA